AUGUUGUGCCUUUUUUUGUUGCAAUUAGUGGCUGGACUAAGUGAACGCCCACAAAAUAUUAGUGAAUUGUCAAAGAUGCUCUAUGGGUACGAGUAUAAGGGGAAAUGGACAUCUUAAAAAAUGGAAUAAUAAUUCCAUUACUUGACAGUCGAACAAGGAGAUGCUUAUAUGAUAUUCUUGUCGAAUAAUACUCAAUAGAAUAGCAACGACGUGAUCGACCGAUUCGAGUUUCAGUUACUCAAUCCCAAAUACUAGGAAUUGAAGCAAGUUAUUGGCAUGUUUAAAUUGACUAAUUAUUCUGACAGUGACAUUUCAUUCGAGAACACCAGUGUCUUGAACUACACAACAGCCUACAAAUUCAGAAGAAACUAUUAUUCAAAGGAGAAUUGUGAAAUUGCAUAUACUGUCAAUGUCGAAUUUUAAGGAGACAACUAUGAUAAGGAACAUGCCAAGAUCAAAGUACAUAUGUAGACACAUGAUAAUUCAUUGGACUCUCACUGCGAUGUCGACAUCCUCAUGGAUUUGAUGCUUGACACCACAAACUAUUUAUUAGUCAUCAUUAUGUAUUGUGCAAUGUCGGUGAUGAUAUGUUUUACGCAAUUCCUCUGCGUCACUAAACUUUGCAAAGCCUUGCUCGAGAACGAGGAAGACCCAAACAAAAUCUCCCUCUUUGCUGUGGGCUAUUUGACGAUCCAAGAUUCCUACAUCUGUCUAUAAAAUCUCUACGAAGCAUUAAUUAAUUAUCAAUACUUCUAAUACUUCAUUUUACCUGCCUUCUUUUACUUCCUGUUGGCAACCACUUGCGACAUGAAGUUGAUUUGGAUAGUCUGGAGAAGUCGACACUUGGAAGAUCUAUUUGAUCAGCAAAGAAUGAGAAGAGCCAUAACCUACUUUUUCGCUUAAUUCUAUUUUAGUCUCAUCUUGUAUUUUCUAUUGAUGUACUUCUUUUUCACUUAUAAUUGGUUUAUUUGUUUAACUGGCAUGUGUCUACUUCCAUAAAUUAUUCAUAACAUUCGACUUGGUAAUAACCCUAGAUUCAUCUCCUACUUUGUAUUUGGUAUUUUGGUUCCAAGUAUGCUCUAUCAACUUUAUAAUAGAGGAUGUCCAAGUAAUUUACGUGGCCUUGAACCCUCCUUAGCCUUUUGCAUGAUCUAUCUGAGCGAGUACUUACUCCAAAUAAUCAUCCUCUACAUCCAAUACAAACUAGGUCCAAGAUCGUUUAUCCCCAAAUGUUUCUUACCCAAACAAUACAAUUAUUACAGAACACUUAAUAUACAAGAAGAUUAUGAAGAAUGUGCAAUCUGUUUGACUUCAUUGAUGGAUGAUCCAUUUGACACGGAAGCACCUACCUAAAAACUUGUAAUCAAACAAGCCAUGCAAACUCCUUGUCGUCAUUGGUUCCAUCCCUCAUGUCUACGUAGUUGGAUUGAUAUCAAAAUGCAGUGUCCCACUUGCCGUUCUGAGUUACCACCUCUAUUAGAAUGA